CAGCUUCCGCGGGGAGAAAGAAAGAGGCACCUCCUUCCACCCCUUCCCGCAGCGGGAUUUGAAUAACCAGGUGUGAGCAUCAGCCUCCCUCGUUAAUACGUUUGAUAAUUGACCAGGCGCUCGUUCCUGUGGGAGGGCGGCGUGCCCAAGCGCAGCGCCCUGCGAGGAGGGGCUGCCACCGGUUGCUCCUUCGCGCCCCGAGAGCCCACAGCCCUGCGUGUCGCCAUGCCUGCCCGCUGCCUCCUCCUCCUCCUCCUGGGACUGCUCCUGGAGCUGGAGCCUGCCUGCUGCCAGGAAGCCCGGGGCAGCCUCCAGCCAUGGUCACAGGGUGUCAUUGCAGUGGUUGUGUUUCUAGUCCUGGUGGCCAUCGCUUUUGUGGUCAACAGGUUCUGGUGUAAGGAGAAAGUGGAAAAUGUCGAGACAGUGGUGAGCGUUGAGAACAAGCAGGAGGCUGUUGUGUCCAACGGCCACGAAGGGAGAUUCGUAACAGCUGCAGCCGACUUCAGGUCCAAAGAGAGCGAACAUGCCUAUGAGAACACCGUGGAGCCUGAGGAGAGGGUGAUCACCACUGCCAUGUAGCAGGUGUCCCGGCCAGCUGCCCUUCUUCCUCCUCUCACUUUGCUUCCCGCUGUCACCAUGGGCAUCUUCACAGGGACCCUCUGCACCAGCAUCCCCCAUGCGUGGUGGCUUCUGACCUCUCCGUCUCCUGAUCUUUUCCCUUCUCACUUGCUGGAUGUGUUCCUCUGCCUCGGGGGCUGGUGUCCAUGCAGGCAGAGGUCCCAGGAGAGGUCUGCAGGUGCCACCUCUUCUGCCUGGCAUUCACCCCAUCUGGUUGGCGAGGCUGAUUCCAGUCCCAGGGGGGUGCUGACCCGCUCCAGAGGUGCAGGGGUCCUGGCUGGGUGCCUAGGACUUCCCCACACACCCAGCCACCCUCUGGGGAGCUGUUGAUGGAAAUCUUGCUCUCUUCUCCACGUUUCAUCCUGCUUUUUACAACCUACACCAUGCAUUUUAAUGUCAGAACAAACCUUCUCCCUGUAUAUAUCUUUCCUGUGGGCAAUAAAGAGA